CAUGCGCAUCUCUGGCUUCUCCUGCCGGCUGCCACCUCCGCCACCGAGGCCGGUCCUCUCACCGCCAUGUCAGAUUACUACUCGCCCAAGUACCAGAGCGGAGACCUGGUGUUCGCCAAGUUAAAGGGCUAUGCCCACUGGCCUGCCAGGAUCGAGCACAUGGCCGAACACAACCGCUAUCAAGUGUUCUUCUUUGGGACCCACGAGACUGCUCUCCUGGGCCCCAAACACCUCUACCCGUACAAGGAGUGCAAGGAGAAGUUCGGCAAGCCCAACAAGAGAAGAGGCUUCAGCCAAGGGCUGUGGGAGAUCGAGAACAACCCCACCGUCCAGGCCUGCAACGACCAACGCCUCAAAGAGAAGAUCAUCUCUGAGGGGCCAGCGCUAGUGCCACGGCCUGAGGCCUCCGAGGCCCCUGAGGCCCAGAAGAGUGAUGCCCAUGGCGUAGAAGCGAACGGCGAGCUGGGCGUUGACGAGCUGGGCCAGGAGCAGGACGAGGUAGGUCGGCUGAAGAGGAUUGCGGAGGAAAUGCUAGAGGAUGCCCCCAAACGUCCCAAGGAGUCUGACCCAGAAGGCAAAGAGCAGGAGGUGGCAGCUGCCUGCGAGGAUGUGAGGCCACUCCUGGUGAAGGCACUGGAGCCGAGCCCUGCCUGGGGGCCGCUACAGGAAGAGGGGGAGUUGCAGGAAGAAGCCGCCGAGGUGGAGGAGGAAGCUGAGAUCCCGGGCCACGGAGACCGGGAGAGCCUGUAGUCGCCAAAGUGUCAACAAGAGCCCCUGCCCUGUUCCUGAUGUGGCCACGGCCUGUGAACUGGGACCACCUCCCCAAGUCCACCCACUAUCCUCCACCUUCUCCCAAAUCCACACCUGGCCUUGAGGCUGACCUGGAUGGGCAGGUUACCUGUCCUUCACCUCUGUCCCCACGUCCCUGAGGUCUGAGUCAGGGCCUGCGUGUCACUGGAUGAGACCACCGUGUACCUUCCUGCCUGGAACUGUUGCCCAAGUCUUCUGUUGGGGCCUGUACCGGUCGUUCCCACCUCCCGACACCCAUCUCUCCCUCUGCCAGACAUUCUGGACCUCUACAUUGGGAUUGGGCAGGAGUGGAAGCGGUGAGGAUGAAGAGCUGGAGGGAUUUCCAGAAGCCUGGACGGGGCAAUCCUGAAACUGUGGUGGUGGGUGGAUGGUGGCAGGAGCAUGACACCUUCCUGAGUACCUGUCCACUCCUCCCUUACAUAUUGUACCAGCUGCCUAGAGUUAGGAAAGGUAGGGAAGCUUGUGGGGGAGGGUCUCCCUUCCAAAACUCUUUUUUGCUGACCCAGGGAGUUCUGAGAGUUGUAGUUUUUCAACAAAUGAUUUUUGAAUUCCCAAAUUGUUUAUGAGAGAAAGGCUUAACUUUGCCCAGCUUUUUGGAUGGGAAUGGUGAGGAGCAUCUGUCCCCAUUUAGAUCUCUGGGAACACAUGGAUUGUCCUGGGAAGACCCCUGGCCACCCUUCCUCUCUCCCCACAGCCUCAAGGCCAUCCCACAGUCAUAUACAUCACCACAUGAAAGACAAGGCACAUAGUUUAGGAAACCUUUUUAAAAAUAGGAAAUUUUUUUAAAAUUAAGAACUACCCCUCACUAUACCUCCAUUGGGUCCAUAGCUCUUCCAUUGCUAUCCCCAUUUCUUAGAUGAACUAGGAGGUGGACAGAAGGGGACUUCUGUUUGGGGUUUGAUGUCUUUUUGUAGUUAAGGCUUUGGUGUGCCUUUGCAGUGUCACUUCCCAUCCUCAUCUCCCAACAUGGUACCUCAGUAUUGCAACUAGACCUGACAUGUAACCUACUGAGAAGAAAGAGAAAUAAAUGACCCCUCCUGACCUCCUACUAGUGGUCUCUCUAUGCCCUUCUCAUUUUUGCCUUUUUUACCCCCAACCUUCUCCCUUGGGCUCUGAUAAAAACAAAACAAAACAAACAAACCAAAAAAAAAAAAAACCUGUUGACUACUUAUCUUUGAAAGUUUAGAUAUGAAGUAUUUUAGUUCUAGGAAAUAAAAUGCAUUGAUUAUGUUAAACGAAUCUCAGGUCUGUUUCUUUGGUUUCUGAAGAAUUGGCCCUUAAAUGUAAUGCUCCUCUUUUCUAUACAUCCUGUGUAAAAACAAUUUUUUGUAAUAUACAUAGAUAUUUUAGAAUCACCCUUGAUAAACCUUUGUUGUAUUAUGAUCUCUACUCCUCCUCACUCCAUCUGUAGUAGUCACUUCCACUGAUUAGAAUGAAUAGCAAUAAGUCAACAAAAUAUCUGAAUGAUGACAAACUGAGACAAUAACUGAAUUUCUAAUAUUCUACAUGCUUUGCCAAACAACAGAUCUGGCAAAGAAUAAGGGUAAGAGAAUUGGAUCUUCUAUUAGUUGUUGCUUUUCCAGAUUUUAUCACUAGUCUUCCUUUAACACUUUUUACGUGAAAAAGGCAGUAGCUUUAUAUUUCUAGUUCUUAAAAUAUGUAGUAUCUGCAGGAUAUUUUGUCUUUUCAGUGUCAUUGUGUGAUUAUCUGGGGAUAUUUAAAUAUAGUUAAUAAUAAUCACAUGCUGGCUUCCAAAUUUUGUAUGUGUCAAUGUUGCAUGCACGCAGAGGUUUAGUAAAUGCUAGAAUCCUCAUAGAAUAUGCCAGACCAUGACUAACUAACAAGAUUGCCAACUAAACACAACCCUAUUUUUCCAUCUCUCUAUAAGAUGGUAUUUUUUAUUCCAAGGCCUAUAAAAUUGCAUAAUUCCUUGUUUUCCAACUACUGCUAUUGCAUGGUAGGAGUUACUGUUCAAUGGCUGUUCAUCAUUCAGGCUUUGUAAUAUCUGGCAUGGUAGGCAUUAGUAUUACAUUUGCUACUGGAAGCAGCUCUCAUUCAGAGAAGUUAGAUGAUUUUUCUUGUACUUCUCAAGAAACUCAGGAUUUAAAUACAGAUUUUUCAGAGCCAAGCCUAAGCUUUGCCACCUGAAUUGCACAUUCAAACCAUUAAGCAUGAAAUCAGAAGUUAACAAAAUUACUAUUUUAGUGUUAAUAACAAAAAAUUAUGAAGGGAGCUUAUUUGUAGUCUCUAAACUGAACCAGGCAAUAUACCACAUUCUACAUGUAAUGUCUUUAUUAAUACAACUACUAAUUAAGUACCUACUUCUAUUUCUAUUUUAAAUCUGCAGGAGCUGAAAUCCAGAGGUGUUAAGUAAUUUUCUCAAGGUCAGACAACAGUAAAUGAACCAAGAUUCAGAGGCAGGUCUUUCUCAUUCUAAAUCAUAGGUGCUUUGUUUUAUUAUGAUAUUGCUUCACACUCGAAAAAUGGGAAUACUGACUGAUUCUCCUCUGCUAUUUUGAAGUGAAAAUUUAGAAAUUUAUAUAGCAAAAAAUAUAUUAACAAAUAUUGCUAGUGGGUAUGUGAAAUACCCACUAUUUGGGGCAACUGACAAUUGUUUUGUCAUUCAAAUGACUUGGUUAAAUGAUGAGGAGAAUUGCACAUUCAAUAUUUUUCAAGAAGUAUGUGACUAUAGGAAGUCUGAAUAUGGAUUGGUAUAUUUGCCAUAGGCAAACAUAUAAUUUUGAUAAGGUUUUUAUGGAGGCACAUCUUCUGAAAUGAUUCAAUAAACUGAGACAUAGAAAAUGAAAUUACUACCAUUUGAGUCUGUCUCUGUAUUUUUUUCUUUUUUUGUUUCUAAUGUUAGGGAUAGAAAAAGUUGGUGUUUAUUAGGGAGUAUCACACACAUUUGCCUUCUUGGUGAGUAUAAUAUGGGAGUGAAAAUAGUAAUUGGACUAAUAAUAGUACAUCUAAAGGAUGAUACACAGAGUUAGCAAACAAAAUAAAAAACCACUCAAGAAAGGAAAACAUGGAAAAAUCUGUCCUCUCAGCACUCUUCUUCUGGGUAGCAGACACUUCAUGCUUUGGUGGCCAAGAGAUGUUUUUAUGUGGACUGAAAAAUAUGCUGCUUUUUAAAAUUUCUUCACUCGUUUAAAAUUCCCCAUAAUUCCAGUGCUGUCCUUUGUCUUCUGAACAAUGUGUGCCUCAGUGACAAAAUUACUGAUCAAUAAUUAAUUACCUUACUGAACAAAGAGCACUGCUCAGCCCCUUGCUGAUGCUGUUUUGUGGGUAUUCAAAUGUGUUCAUGAGUGUUCUGAAGAUCUUGUUUAAACAUUCCAUGUAAAUGUGUACUCAUCACAUUGUCAAUGAUUUGCAGACAUAUUUAACAUCUGGUUUCUGUAAGGCUUUUGAAGUAUUUGAUAUUUUACACAAACAUCACUGAUUGUAUCACUGUGGCAAGGGACUAAGAUGCCACUGAGGGUUGUAAAUUUUGUUUCUUUCUCUUAGUUCUCACUUGUUCUGUACAUUCUCAUCAAUGCUGCAGAUUCUUCUUUGUGACUCAUAUGUUCAUUUUAUGUUUC